CCCUGAGCCGAGAGGCUUGCAUUCCCGAACCGUCAGUGAAAGUCAGCCAGAGGGUUUAAUUCAGCGAAGACGUGGGAUAACAGCAAUUUGAAAGAUUGCCCUUUUCCUCGGCCCCUCCCUUGGGUGAGCCCAGCUGCAAAGUUAGCGUUGACCUCUGUCAUCUUCUAAAGUUCCCCCUCUCCGUGGGUGCCUAUAUUUCUAGAGCAUUCACCCAAGAAUAAUAAGGUUGCACUUCCUCCCCUGGUGUUCAUUCAGGGCUGUCUGGGAACCCAGAGGAGUGGGUCCCCUGAUUUUCCAGCCAAGGGUGAGCAGAGAGGUUUCUUUUAAAAAGGGGUGCUGUAUCUUUAAAUUCUGAACGUGAACUUGGCUCAGGAAGGCCAGCAGUCAAGAUCCAGCCCCUAGAAGAGAGAAGAGCUACAGAUUCUCCAUCCUCAGUCUUUGCGAGGGGCCGGCCGUGCCAGCCAGCCAGCUCGGGCAGGCUCCUGGCAGCAUGGCUGGGAAGCUCGGGGCCCUCCUGCUGGGCCUUGCCCUCGGCCUGGCCCAGCCCGCCGAGGCCCGCCGGAAGCUCCUGGUGUUCUUGCUGGAUGGUUUCCGCUCAGACUACAUCAGCGACGAGGCCCUGGAGUCCUUGCCUGGGUUCCAGGAGAUUGUGAGCCGGGGCGUCAAAGUGGACUACUUGACCCCUGACUUCCCCAGCCUCUCCUACCCCAACUACUACACGCUCAUGACUGGCCGCCACUGCGAGGUGCACCAGAUGACCGGGAACUACAUGUGGGACCCCAGCACCAACACGUCAUUCGACAUCGGCGUCAACAGGGACAGCCUGCUGCCCCUCUGGUGGAACGGGUCGGAGCCGCUGUGGGUCACGCUGACCAGGGCCCGCAGGAAGGUCUACAUGUACUACUGGCCGGGCUGCGAGGUGGAGAUUCUCGGCGUCAGACCCACUUACUGCCUGGAGUACAAGAACGUCCCGACGGACAUCAAUUUCGCCAACGCAGUCAGCGACGCGCUCGACGCCUUCAAGAGUGGCCGGGCCGACAUGGCCGCCAUCUACCAUGAGCGCAUCGAUGUGGAAGGCCACCACUACGGGCCCUCGUCCCCGCAGAGGAAGGACGCCCUGAGGGCCGUGGACACCAUCUUCAAGCACAUGACCCAGUGGAUCCAGGAGCGGGGGCUGCAGGACAAGCUCAACGUCAUCAUCUUCUCGGAUCACGGAAUGACGGACAUUUUCUGGAUGGACAAAGUGAUUGAGCUGGACCGGUACAUCAGCCUGGCCGACCUGCAGCAAGUGAAGGACCGCGGGCCUGUAGUGAGCCUUUGGCCGGCGCCAGGGAGGCACUCGGAGGUGUACGCCAAACUGAGGGCGGUGGAGCACAUGACCACGUACGAGAAGGAAGACAUACCCAGCCGCUUCCACUACAAGAACGGGAAGUUCGUCUCUCCUUUGACCUUAGUGGCCGACGAAGGAUGGUUCAUAACCGAGAGCCGGGAGCUGCUCCCAUUCUGGAUGAACAGCACGGGCCAGCGGGGCGGCUGGCAGCGCGGGUGGCACGGCUACGACAACGAGCUCCGGGACAUGCGUGGCAUCUUCCUGGCCUUCGGACCUGAUUUCAAGUCCAACUUCAGAGCUGCUCCAAUCCGGUCCGUGGACGUCUACAAUGUCAUGUGCCGCGUGGCGGGCAUCACCCCCCUGCCCAACAAUGGGUCCUGGUCCAGGGUGAUGUGCAUGCUGACGGGCCAGGCUGGCCCGGCCCCGUCGGCCCCGCCCGGCGGGCUCCUGCUGGCCGCGGUGCUCCUCCUGCUGUUCCAGUAGCGGCUCCUUUCCAUCCCAGACGGACGCUUGGCUGCGGGGGCCUCCGCCUCCACCGUGGGAAGGGUUUCAUUUCCUAUCUGAAUGAUAGCUUCAUUAACACAGUCCAGGCCACACAAACUGUAAAUGUAUUAUUCUUGGAGGACUCUCUCUAUAAAAGUCCCCACUCCUUACACAAAUAUCCAAACUUAGUUUUCUUUUUCUGAAGAUAAGGAACAUCUCACACUGCAUCUGUUCAAGGGUAUGUCGUUUUUCUCCUUUUUUUUCCCACGUGUGGUGACUCAGAUGAGCUGUCUGAGCAGAGGCCUGCCUGGGAGCAAGUGGCCUUCAAGUGGACACUGUAUGAGAGCCCUGGGCCCCGCUGUGCCUGGCUGGGCCCUGGCCACGCCCAGCAGCUGACCAGUCCUCCAGGCCCAGGGCCGCCGUCCUGCACUGUGUGCCUUCCUUCCCGAACAGAGGGCUUCCCCGUGGCACGCCUGGCUGCUGUCGGUUUGCAACCCAGCUCGUGCAGUUUCUCCAUCUCAUUCCAAGUCCCACCAAGGGUGUAUCUCAGCUUGGGUGACCCAUCCAUCAAAAAUCACUAAGGACUGGAGAACUCAGAAUGAGGUGGGUGACGGGCAUGCGUCCCCUCCCAAAGUCAGGAUGCACCAAGCAUGUCCCUCUGGCCUCGAGGAGCAGGAACGCUUACCGUAGAUCCGGCUCCUGGGUGCCUUCACACAGCGCAUCUGAAGCCCCACCCAGAGCGGCCCUGCGGGGUGCGGAGGAAUCCGCGGGUGCCGCCAGCUGGCCCACCCGCCUGCCUGCCUGCCCGCCCGUGCGGAGGUUAACUCGGACACCACCGCUCUGUCACCGCACACGCCGCUGUAGACGACAACAGCGACACUGGAUGCCCACCAGAGACGGGGAUGUCGGGCUGAGUGCGGGUGCCCGUGUUGCAGAGACCUCAGCUCCCUGCUGGGAAUGGUGAUGCGUGAAGCCUGAGUUUCACGCACCGGGGACCCGGAGCCUUGCUUGUUAAACGGCAAUGGGGCGAAGUAGGCCCCUGAGUGACCCAGAAUUCCAGGGAAAAGGAGGGGAGCCGGAGAGAACGUGCCGGAGCCAAACCCCCAGCACUAACCCACGGCCCAUUUGAUUAGGGAGCAGGGUGGCCCAAGUACCGCCCCCCACGGAGACUGGAGUUCUGCAGGCCCCGAGAUGAGCCACUGAGCCUGGCUGAAGCGUUUGCAGCUCAGUCGUCUGAGUCGGGUGCAGGAGACCUUGU